AUGACUACGCCAACCGGGCAAUCGGCCACUCGGGAGAAAGUGCUAAUCGAGCUGCUGACGACGGGUCGGGCCUCGGCGGCCAAGCUUCAGGCCCUCCUCUUGCGAGGUGGGCCUCAAGGGCCAGGCCCAAAUGAGGCCCGGCGACUUGCGGUCAACAUCGUCGAGUCCUUCACAAAAACCCUUUCCGUGAUGGGCUUGACUUCCUGCACCGGAGGCAAGAAGGUGCCGCCGCCGCCGCCGACGGCCAAGGAACGGAGGGGAUGUUACAAGAGGAGGAGGACUUCAGAUUCAAGGGUGGUAGAGUCUCCAACACAAGAAGAUGGCUUCGCAUGGAGGAAAUAUGGACAAAAGGAAAUUAUGAAUUCCAACUAUCCGAGAUGCUAUUUCAGAUGUACCCACAAAUACGACGAAGGCUGCAAAGCCUUAAAACAAGUACAAAUGAUCAAAGACGACCCCAUCACGUAUCAAACCACAUACUUCAACCGCCAUACUUGCAAACUGCAACUGAAUCAACAUCAUGUCAUGGUCGAUUCAAUCCCAACGAGUCCUAAUCUAAUUAGUUUUGGGCCGUACGAUAUCCAACUAGAAAAAGAUCAUCAUCAUUCCCCAAUUUCCACGAUUAUUUCUCAAGUCGACCAAGAAACUAGAAACAAUCGUCCCGCCAAAAGUGAUGAUGAUCAAGAUUUGAGCUCGGAUGAAGCCAAAUCGACACUGCAGGAUCCAUGGCAGGAUAUCAAUGACGGGCUCGAGUCCUUGGGAUACAAGCCCGAUUGUGACUUCGGUAGCCUGCAUGGGCUUGAUGAGGAGGUUAAUGAGUUUGUCCAAAUCGACGUUCCGAUACUUAUUUUUGCCGGAAAAGCUGACGUGGCGCCCAGUCAGAUCGUAGUUUUCAUUUCCGGCAUGAUGUGGCACGAGAUAGGCCCAAGAUUCGGUAGGGAUUGCACCGUGACGUUGGCGGACUGUAGAAGGAGGCGACUUGAGGGGUUUGAGGUUGGAGGGGAGUGGGCCCCGCGGGUCGACCGACUUGAGGCGGGGUCUCUGGGCGGCACCGGUGGGACUGCAGGUGACGUCGUCGUCUGGGGGGUUCACUGUCUUUGGAGAAGAGCUUGGGCUUGGCCGUCAAUGGAAUUGGAGAAGAAAAUAGAUCUGGAGAAAUUUGUGGAAGAGAAGAGCUAUGGAAAGAAAAUCCCAUUAGUUUUUGGGGUUUUGUUGCUUUGUUUCUCGGUGAGAGAAAAUGGGGUGAGCGCGUCGAUCCAUGAGUACAAGAACGAAGCUUUCAUCCGUCGUUUCAAUUCCUACUUCUUCCAUGGCGGCAGUGAGGGGCUUUACGCGUCCAAGAUCGUUGACCCGCCCAAAACAGCUGCUAACGAUGAUGGCAACAAGCCCCUCAAUGGGAAAUCAUUCAUCAGGUUCGAAUCAAUCACGUUUAGGAGACCGAAAGAAGUAGCCAGCAAGCAAAACCAGAUGCAGCAAAGCACUGGAGUAGUUGAGACCAUAAUCGUCGAGGUCAAAGACAGUGACAAAAUCGGGACAACUUACGGGAACUCAAAUGCCAUAUGUUGCGACCCGGCCCUCGCCAAGGACGGGUUUUGCAAAGUCGGUGAGGUCAUCAUUCGCCAAAAUCCCGAAAACCCAGAAUGGCCCAAGAAGCUACAAACAUCUUUCGAGGGGAACAACGAAGAGGCUAGCAUGGUUCUCCAAUCAGUUGAGAUAAAUAAAACCGGAAUGUACUAUCUGUAUUUCAUGAUCUGUGACCCUGAACUAAAGGGCACUUUAAUUAGUGGAAGAACAGUGUGGAGAAAUCCCGAAGGCUAUUUACCGGGUAAAAUGGCGCCUUUAAUGACUUUUUACGGGUUCAUGUCGUUAGCCUACCUUGUUCUUGGACUGGUAUGGUUCAUGAGAUUUGUUCAACACUGGAAAGAUAUAAUUCAGCUGCAUUAUCAAAUAACAGCUGUCAUUGGGCUCGGGAUGUGCGAGAUGGCCUUUUGGUACUAUGAGUACGCGAAUUUCAACUCGACUGGAAGUAGACCUAUUGGGAUUACGCUUUGGGCAGUUACUUUUAGUGCGAUUAAGAAAACAGUGUCUCGGCUUCUUCUGCUCGUGGUCUCGAUGGGUUAUGGUGUGAUGAGACCAACAUUGGGGGGUAUAACUGCAAAAGUGAUUCUUCUUGGCGUGUUGUACUUUAUGGCAUCAGAAGCUUUGGAACUUGUCGAGCAUUUGGGGAAUAUAAACGAUUUCGCGGGGAAAGCCAGGCUUUUUUUGGUUCUGCCAGUGGCACUUUUGGAUGCGUGCUUUAUCGUUUGGAUUUUUUCGUCGUUAUCCAAAACUCUGGAGAAGCUUCAGAUACGGAGAAGCAUGGCAAAACUCGAGCUUUACCGAAAGUUCACCAAUGCUCUAGCUGUGUCUGUUCUGCUUUCAGUUGCUUGGAUCGGAUAUGAGUUGUAUUUCAAUGCCAGUGACCCCCUAAGUGAAUUGUGGCGAAGAGCGUGGAUAAUCCCAGCUUUUUGGACUUUGCUUGCCUAUAUAUUGUUGGUGGUUAUAUGCAUCCUAUUGGCUCCUUCCGAUAAUCCUACUCGGUAUGCAUAUGAAACUGGCGAUGAUGAUGAAGAGGGUUUAUCACUGACUGGGGCAGGUGUUAUAGUGGCGGGCGACUUGAAAGAAAGGAAGGUUUCGAUUUCAUCAGAUCAUGUGUUUGGUCUAGUCGAGGAUUUAGAAGAGGAUAAAAGGGAAUAA